AUGUCAACUAUCCUCACCGACAGACUUCUUGCCGAUAACAGCCUCCGGAACCUCGAGGACUAUGGUAUAAGCUUGGUUGCCAGAUUAAACACCAAGUUCGAAACCGCAAACUACCCUCAAGAUGUGGAAAUUUCAAUACGUUCAAUCCAAUCCUUGUACCGAGAAUUGAACGAACAACUGGCGCCAUUUCUGAGAUCAUGCUCUAAAAGAGACGCGUUGGCUAAAAAGCAGGAUAUAGGCUAUGAUUCCGUUGAUCCGGCAUCUCAAAUUACAGAUGACACCAUCAGCCAUAUCAACUCGAUCCUUGCAAGAUUAUCGGAAGAUAUGACUGGUGGCAGAAUUUCGCUGCCUGAGGAAUGUCCGGAGAUUGCCAGCAUGGUCCAAUUAAUGCUAAUUCUAAUUUCCAUGGCCAAUAUGCUGUCUUUAGGCAAGUUCCUUCUAAGCACUACACUGCCGCUUGUAGAUGAUAUUGCAUAUUACGACAAUAUUCGGGGUUCGCCACUUGCAGUUGGUAUAUACACAGUUCAAACAUUUCCAUCCACAAUUCUCACUCUUUUAUCCCAUCUUUACGUUAAGCUGGCCGCCCAACAUGCGUACCACACUGUUAGGGAAAUUCCAUCCUGGGUUCCCUGCUGGUUUAAGGUAGUCUACCAACAAUGGAUGAAGUGGAUUGCACCUUUGCCAAAGGUUGCACUGAAAAACGUGUCAACAUUUCUACAAUCGCCUGCUGCUUAUGUUGUUAGCAGGCAGAAGUACUCACAUUCAAUCGUGACGAUGUUCAUCACAUCGACGGUUGGAUUACCGUUUUUAUACGCAUCUUCGAGGGCCAAGUACCACCGGAAGGCCUUGGCAAGACUCAGGACCCAUAAUAUAAGGAGGAUCGGCUAUCUAAUUGAUGAGAUUCUUCCGCUAAUCAAAUUUAAUGGGUCUUCCGCCCUGAGAUUCAACCAUCAAAUAAACGCCGGCUUGAAAAUGCUAUGCAGUUCGAAUUUCGAUGGCAAGUCGAACGAGAGUGCAGGCAUGUCUCACUCAGUUAGCGAUGAUUUGACGGAGUUGACCAGCAUCUGUCAGACUCAUAUUCCUUCAUUAAAACAUUCAACUCAUGAUCUGGUUCGCCACCACAAUCAACCCUCUUUUCUCACAAGAUUCUGGCCCUUGGCGUUGAUUGGAUAUAAAUAUGUUCCGGAAAUAGUUCAGCAAGUUGUAAAUAACAGGGAAGCAGCUAUUCUCUGGAUUCGUACCAAUAUCGUGGAAACGGUUUCUAGCUUUGCGAGAAACUGGAUAGUGAAGCCGUUGGUUAACAUUUGGAAGACAAUAAGACAUGACGAUAGCUCCAAGAUAGCAAUAACCUCAAAGAAUUCGUUGAAUUCGGAUCUUGAGGCCUUGGAGCGUAUGACUGUCGAUUAUUGUGUUGAGAACUACUCGUACUUCACCGAUGUACCCCUAACUGAGGCAAACAGAGAGAUACUAGUUAAGAACAUAACGGCAGAAGUGAGAAGUGGAAAUAUGGAUAAGGUCAUGAGACUCUAUGAGCAAAACUUGAAGACCCCGAUGAAAGCAAUAAUCAACGGCAAUAUGGUGCGGAAUAUCUUGAUUCAGGUGCAAAAGACAAAAGUCGAUGGAGACGUUGCACUUUCCGGUAUCGAUAAGAUCAUGCAGUCGCAAGAAUUGGUCUUUGGACUGGUUGCAGCUUCACCAGCUUGUCUAGUUGUUUGGUACAUAGUGGUAAGUACGAGAAGCUAUCUAAGAAAUGGAUACUUGGUUAGAUUUACCAGAAACCAUAGACAAAGCGCCUUGAAGUCAAUGAAUACCUUGGAAAAGCUAGUGGGUAUUCAACUACAAAUCAGCCAGGGCGAACAGUUGAAAACUUCUACAUUUGGCGAUAGAUACUUCAACAAUGGAUUGAUAUACAUGGAACUCAUAAAUUUGAGAAGACAGACGUCGUACAUUUUCCCCACUUUCUUGCAAAGCGACUGGAUAAGAGAUAUGAACGAUGUUCUCGCCACAUCCCAGUUUCCGGAGCUUCGACUCAACACCAUCCAGAGAAUAUGGAAUGUGUAUGGAAGCUAUCUAAAGUGA